AUGAGAGUUCCUAAAGUAGGGGUUUCUCAAUGGCUGGAACAAAUAAAGAACACACAAAAUCAAGGAGAAGAACAAGGCAUAGUUUUUAAUGUCCAUCCAUACAUCUUCACUAUACCAGAGCCCCUACGAAUUGAAAGGCCAGACGCUUAUAUGCCACAGGUAGUUUCUCUCGGACCUUACCAUCAUCUUAAACUUGAACUGUUUGAGUCUGAAAGAUAUAAAUCUAAGCUUACUAUUCAAGUAGAAAAGGCGGCAAAGGGAGGGACUUUUGAGGAUUUGGUUAGAGAUCUGACUAGCAUUGGAGGGGAGAUAAGGAAAUGCUAUAAUAAUCGGAUUGAGUGUGAUGAUGAAGUGUUAGGGUGGAUGAUGGCCCGAGAUGCUGUGUUUAUUCUGGAGUUUAUUGGCUGUUAUGAUCAAUAUGAAAGCCCUAGAGUUCAACACUCAAACCCUUAUUUUCAGAACAUGGAAGCUAUUUUUCAUCCACAAAGGAAGAGCCCUUUGUUCUUCCCACUUCAGGCUGACAUUUUUAAACUGGAGAACCAAAUCCCACUUUUCAUUUUGAAAAAAGUUUUGGAAUGGCAGACUGGCUCAGAAACUCAAGCUUUAAACAGGCUUACUAUGACAAUCUCAAGUGCCUGUAAAAAGUUCUCUCCUUUCAAGCAUGUUGGAGAUUCUCCUCGUUCUUCUACACGAGAAUGCUACAUUGAUUUGGUUGAUGAAAGGUAUAUACUGGAAUGCCUUUAUAAUUUCAUCGUGCCCAACACAAAUCCUGCUCAUACUAGUAUCUCCAUUGGAGAUGAUCUGGAUCACAAUGAAAUUGUACCCAGGAGCGCUGCUUUUAAGUUUCUUCAUCAGAUGACAUCAAGAUUUAGGGUUUUUUUGUCUCAAAAAUCACGCAAAGCUGACAUAAAUCUCCCUUCAGCAGCAGAAUUACACAGGAGAGGGGUGAAAUUUUGUCCUUUCACAUGGGCGCCCGAAGAGAUAAGGUUUGAUAGAUCCAGCUCUACACUGUUCCUUCCUUGUAUAGAGAUGGAUUACAGAACAGAUGUUUUCUUGAGGAAUAUAGUGGCACUGGAAGCAUUCAUGAAGUGGAAAACUAGAGUGUUUACUUGCUAUGCAGAUCUGAUGGACAGAUUGGUGGACACUCCUAAUGAUGUUGCAGUACUGAAGAAAUAUGGUAUCAUCCAUAGUAGUUUAGGAAGUGAUAAAGAGAUAAGCAUUCUAUGGAAUGGCAUCCGCAGAUCAAUAUGGAGGAGCCCAUAUGAUCCCAUCGACAAUACAAUCAAGGCUGUAAAUGAAUAUUACAGAAGUAGGUAUGUAGUUUUAUUUGGUGAGUUCUUGCAGGAACAUUUCUCAAAGCCAUGGCGAGCUGCAUCAGUGAUAGGAGCCUGCAUUCUAGUCAUUCUGAGUUUCCUACAGACGUUAUUUUCAUAUUUUGAACUUCACCAGAAAUGUGAACAAAAGUGCACAUAAAUUCUCGUUGCAGUAUUCCAUUGUGGCUUCAAUUCCUACAUUCUAUAAUGUAUUCCCAGUUGUGAGUUGAAGACCUAUCCAGUCGCUUUUGUCUAUGCACUUCAAUUAGAAUAAACAUGAUCAAAAGUACAUUCUUAGACGUUGCCAUUUCCACCCUGCUCGUUAGUUCAGAUUUGAUAUAGUUUUGAUGAGAUAAAAAAGCUGUUUUAUUAGAUUACCCAAGCUUCCUACAUAGUUUGCUGGAAUCCUAUACUAAUGAGAAUGUAUUCAAUACCCAUCAAAGGCGGGUCAAGGGGACAUGGCAACAAUAAUGUCUAUUAGGGUUAUUGUACUAGUUCU